UGCCGAGUCCGAGCGCCCGGCGCCGAGCGCGGAGCCCGCGGGCGGGGCGAACAAAGCGGCGGCGGCCAGGGCUGCCCAGGCCCCGGGCGCGCGGAGCGAGCGACCCGCCGGCCCUUUGUCUCGGGCGGGGCAGGAGCGGCGGCGGCCGCGGGGCGCCCCGAGCGCAGCAUGCGGCGCCCGCAGGGGCGGAGAGCGGGGCGCGGCGGCGGCGCGCGGCGCGGAGCCCGGCCCGGGGCCCGGGGGCGCCCGUGUGUGUGAGGGGUCCCGCGCGCUGCGCGGCGCCCACCCCGCGGCCGCACGUGGGCGAGGAGCCGGAGCCGGAGCCGGAGCCGGAGCGGGAGGAGGAGGGGGGGGACGCGCGGCGGCGCGGCGGGGACCCCGGGCCGCCCGCGCGAAGCCCCGCCCCGGCCACCGAGCCCCGCGCGGGCGGGCGGGAUGCCCCGCGGCCGCCGCACUCCGGCCCGAGCGCUGCCCUGAGCGGGCCGGCGGCGCGGCCGCCGCGGGCGCCAUGGAGCAGUGGCGGCAGUGCGGCCGCUGGCUCAUCGACUGCAAGGUCCUGCCGCCCAACCACCGGGUCGUGUGGCCCUCGGCGGCGGUGUUCGACCUGGCGCAGGCGCUGCGCGACGGCGUCCUCCUGUGUCAGCUGCUGCACAACCUCGCCCCCGGCUCCAUCGACCUCAAGGACAUCAACUUCCGGCCGCAGAUGUCCCAGUUCCUGUGCUUGAAGAACAUCCGCACCUUCCUUAAAGUCUGCCACGAUAAAUUUGGACUGAGAAACAGCGAGCUGUUUGACCCCUUUGACCUCUUCGACGUCCGAGACUUUGGGAAGGUCAUCUCUGCCGUGUCCAGACUCUCCCUGCACCACGUGGCUCAGAACAAAGGGAUCAGGCCCUUUCCCUCGGAGGAGACCACCGAGAAUGACGACGAUGUGUACCGCAGCCUGGAGGAACUGGCGGACGAGCAUGACCUCGGGGAGGACAUCUAUGACUGCGUCCCGUGUGAGGACGAGGGGGACGACAUCUAUGAGGACAUUAUCAAGGUGGAGGUACGGCAGCCCAUGAAAAUGGGCAUGUCCGAGGAUGACAAGAGGAAUUGCUGCUUAUUGGAGAUUCAGGAGACCGAGGCCAAGUACUACCGGACCCUGGAGGACAUCGAGAAGAACUACAUGACCCCCCUGAGGCUGGUGCUGAGCCCGGCGGACAUGACAGCCAUCUUCAUCAACCUGGAGGACCUGAUCAAGGUGCAUCACAGCUUUCUGCGGGCCAUCGACGUGUCCAUGAUGGCGGGGGGCAGCACUCUGGCCAAGGUCUUCCUCGAUUUCAAGGAAAGGCUCCUGAUCUACGGGGAAUACUGCAGCCACAUGGAGCACGCUCAGAACACGCUGAACCAGCUCCUCGCCAGCCGGGAAGACUUCAGACAGAAGGUCGAGGAAUGCACGCUGAAGGUCCAGGACGGGAAGUUUAAGCUUCAAGACCUGCUCGUGGUCCCCAUGCAGAGAGUGCUCAAAUACCACCUCCUCCUGAAGGAACUUCUGAGCCAUUCCACCGAUCGGCCCGAGAGACAGCAGCUCAAAGAAGCUCUAGAAGCCAUGCAGGACUUAGCGAUGUACAUAAACGAAGUUAAACGGGACAAGGAGACCCUGAAGAAAAUCAGCGAAUUUCAGAGUUCUAUAGAAAACUUGCAAGUGAAACUGGAGGAGUAUGGGAGGCCGAAGAUCGACGGGGAACUGAAGGUCCGGUCCAUAGUCAACCACACCAAGCAAGAUAGGUACUUGUUCCUGUUUGACAAGGUGGUCAUUGUCUGCAAGAGGAGAGGCUACAGCUACGAGUUGAAGGAGGUCAUCGAGCUGCUCUUCCACAAGAUGACUGACGACCCCAUGAACAACAAGGACGUCAAGAAGUGGUCCUACGGUUUCUAUUUAAUUCAUCUGCAAGGAAAGCAGGGCUUCCAGUUCUUCUGCAAGACCGAAGACAUGAAGCGGAAAUGGAUGGAGCAGUUCGAGAUGGCCAUGUCCAACAUCAAGCCAGACAAAGCCAAUGCUAACCACCACAGCUUCCAGAUGUACACUUUCGACAAGACUACCAACUGCAAAGCCUGUAGGAUGUUCCUCAGGGGCACAUUUUACCAGGGCUACCUAUGCACCAAGUGUGGUGUCGGGGCCCAUAAGGAGUGUCUGGAAGUGACGCCUCCCUGCAAGAUCAGUUCUCCCGCCGACUUGGACGCCUCCGGAGCAGGACCGGGUCCCAAGAUGGUGGCCGUGCAGAAUUACCAUGGCAACCCAGCUCCCCCCGGGAAGCCAGUGCUGACCUUCCAGACGGGCGAUGUGAUCGAGCUGCUGAGAGGCGACCCCGAGUCUCAGUGGUGGGAGGGUCGGCUGGUGCAAACCAGGAAGUCAGGCUACUUUCCUAGCUCGUCCGUGAAGCCCUGCCCCGUGGACGGAAGGCCGCCCAUCAGCCGGCCGCCAUCCCGGGAGAUCGACUACACCGCCUACCCCUGGUUUGCGGGCAACAUGGAAAGGCAGCAGACCGACAACCUGCUCAAGUCGCACACCAGCGGGACCUACCUAAUCAGGGAGCGGCCGGCCGAGGCAGAGCGCUUUGCCAUAAGCAUCAAGUUCAACGACGAGGUGAAACACAUCAAGGUGGUGGAGAAGGACAGCUGGAUCCACAUCACAGAAGCGAAGAAAUUUGAAAGCCUCUUGGAGCUGGUGGAGUACUACCAGUGCCACUCGCUCAAGGAGAGCUUCAAGCAGCUGGACACCACGCUCAAGUACCCCUACAAGUCAAGGGAGCGCGCGGCCUCCAGGGCCUCCAGCCGGUCCCCAGUGUUCACGCCCCGUGUCAUUGGCACGGCCGUGGCCAGGUACAACUUUGCCGCCCGGGACAUGCGCGAGCUCUCGCUGCGGGAAGGUGACGUGGUGAAGAUCUAUAGCCGCAUUGGCGGGGACCAGGGCUGGUGGAAGGGCGAGGCCAACGGACGGAUCGGCUGGUUUCCUUCAACAUACGUAGAGGAGGAGGGCAUCCAGUGAUGGCAACAACAUGGACAGGACUCGUGGGUUUUCUUGGAAGAGUCCAGCUCUGAAGUCUGUCUCUAGCCCCGUGACACAGAGGGGACAUGCCUGCCAACCUUCCCGUCUUCAACAGCCCAUAGGGAUGGGGAGGGUGUUCAGAAUCCUAAAUGCGAACUGGCCCACCAUCCGCCUGCCCUCGGUGGCCUGUCCUGGGUACGCUACUUGUACAUAGAGGCGAGUUGGGCCGGCCCCGCCGUGGCUGCCACCGCCAGAGUGCUGAGGAGGGGGAGCGCCGGUGGUGUUCUGAGCCAGGCUCUGGGUGACAGCUGAGGCCGGAGUUCAUCUUGCCUCUGUCCUGUUGCGACAGCAUUCAGGAGCCUAGGUUUGAACAGCAGGUGCCAUCCCAGGGAGGGCUUGAACAGCAGAGGGGACCCUCCCCCAGCCCCUUCUGCUCAGCCCUGAUGCUCAGCCUGCCUGCUUUCUGCUGCUCCCAGGGGGAAGCUCUGGGCCUAGAGAGUCAGAAGGGACCGGAGCCAGGCCUUUUGCUGCAGCCCCUGCUCGGCCCCAGCUCAGCUCCAGCUGUGCUCGGAUGUAGGAGAAAAGAGCACUGCUAGGGGGUCUGCGCGGGCCCCUUGACCUCCUCAUGGCCCUCUGCACUAGGGAGGUGCAGAGACUGCCCAGGGCAGGUCCCUCUCUCAGGAGGGAGCUUUAGUGAACGAUGAAGUUGCCGACCCUGCUCCCCAGUCAAUGGUACUGUUCUUUGCCCUGAAUCCCAGGCGUGUGUCUGUCCUGUCCUGCUGCCAGGUGGAUACACCUUUUGUAAAUCCUGAUAUGGGUGAGAAGAAAACAGAGUUUUCCCCUCGCUCGGGCUCUGCUGCUCACAUUCCCCUCCGGGAGGAGGCCCCCCCCAGCGCCCCCCAGCAGGUGGCCCCUCUGGGACUCUUGUGUUCUGCAAGGUGGUUCCUGAGGGUCUUCCCAGCUUUUGCACAGGAUGUUAGUUCUAGCCCUUGGCAAGUCUUCCCCCUGCAGCCCAUGAACUGGGCCUGUGGCCAGCUCGAAAUAAGUGCUCUUGGGGGUGGCCUUACCCCCGAACUCCCCCUCCUGACUCCUCCUGGCCUUUUGAGCUCUGGCUUUCUUGUCCAGACCCUUUUGCUCUGCCUGGAUAUUGCAUUAGACCUAGGGAUGUUGUCUCCCUGCAGGCUCUGUGCCACAGAUGCUGGAGAAACCCGGGCUACACGUGUCCCCUGAACCUUGGUCAGCUGCCCUGCCCUGUGCAGGGGGAGGGGACUGGGCAAGGCUGGGCGUGGGGAAGGCUAGCCCCCACUGGGGUGGGUGCUGGUUGCCACUCUGCACUCCUGGGCUUCCUCCGAAAGCAGCCGUGUGGCCUCCGGGCUCGGCUCACAGGCCCCAUGUCCCGGAAUGGGGAGGUGGUGGGGAGCGGGUGGGGACAGUUAGCAGCAAGGGCAAGAGAGAAGGUGGCCUGCAGAGGCUUGAGAAGCCAGGGUGAACAGGAUCGUGUUUGGGGGCAGAGGGGCAGGGGGAGGGAAGGAAAGAGCUGGUCUCGGAGAGAGCAGCCCCCAGUCCCCAUCAUCAGGGUGCACCCAGCACUUUGCGCACAACCCUGGGCUCAGCCGGCCCAGCCAUGAGCCUGGGGUCGGGGGGAGAACCAGCCAGGCCCUUUCGUGUUUACUGUUGUCAAAAGGGUUUUGUUUUGUUGUUUUGUUUUUGGUUUGGCUUGUUUGUUUUUUAAGGGAAGAAAACAGUUUGUAAUUAUUUCAUCCAAAGCUCUCAUUCUAUAUCUGUGAAUAAUAAGGAAGAUAUUUUAUAAUAGCAAGAAAAUGAUGUAUAUUUGAGGUCAUCAUGAAACAAGUCAUCACGACAACGAGGGAUACUGAGGGAACAGAAGUCGGAACCCUGGUUUUUGUGAAUGUUUUGUUUUGUUCUUGUUUGUUUUGAAACAUGUAUGUGGUUUGGUUUGGUUUUGCACUGCAUGAGGCAGGAGGGGAGGCGGGCCGGGGGCAGGCUGGGAAGCGGGUGGUUUCAGCAGGAGAUGGGAGGCCCUCUCUAGGGGCUUUGGACCUGGGGCCUGAGAUUAGCUGUGAACACUUAGGAGCCCGAUGCAUGCGGGUCAGGGAUCUGGGGGUCCCACAGCUGGUGACGACCCCAAAUGGAACACAAACUGUACAUUUGCCACUAGGUUUUUUCAGACCACAGUUUUUAUUGCAAAUAAACCUAAGUUCUUUUCUGCA